AUGUCCAAGACGAGCAAUGCUCCUCCUCAGAAGAAACGGACGGCAGUGAUCAUCGGCGCCGGAGCAGGUGGCGUUGCAACAGCCGCCCGUCUCGCCCGCGCUGGCUUCUCCGUCACGGUUCUGGAGAAGAAUAAUCAUACCGGUGGKCGAUGUUCGCUCCUGCAUUCCCCCGAUGGGGAAUACCGAUUCGAUCAGGGACCGAGUUUACUGCUGCUGCCGGAAAUGUUCAAGCGGACUUUCCGAGAGUUGGGCACGAGUUUGGAGGUUGAGGGGGUGGAGUUGAGGAAAUGCGAGCCGAAUUAUCAUGUCUGGUGUCAUGAUGGUGAGUGUGUGAAGUUGUCGAGUGAUUUGGGGGUGAUGAAGGGCGAGGUGGAGAAGUGGGAGGGCAAAGGCGGGUUUGAGAGGUAUUUGGAGUGGAUGGGGGAAGGGCAUCGGCAUUACGAGUUGAGUGUGGAACAUGUGUUGUUGAGGAAUUUCGAGGGCAUCGUGGCCAUGUUGCGGUGGGAUUUUUUGAGAAAUGUGUUGAGGUUGCAUCCUUUUGAGAGUAUUUGGGGCCGGGUGAGUCGAUAUUUCCGGACCGAGAGGUUAAGGCGGGUGUUUACAUUUGGGAGCAUGUACAUGGGGAUGAGUCCUUUUGAUGCGCCGGGGACGUAUAGCUUGCUGCAGUAUACGGAAUUGGCUGAGGGCAUUUGGUAUCCCGUAGGUGGGUUUUGGAGGGUGGUGGAGGCGCUGGUCGGGGUUGGGGAGAGAUUGGGGGUGGAAUAUCGAUUGAACACGGCCGUCAAGAAGAUUGUGUUGGAUGCAACGGGAAUGCGAGCGCAAGGAGUGGAACUGGAAUCGGGGGAAAUGCUCACCGCGGACGUGGUGGUGAACAACUCGGAUCUGGUCUACGCCUACUCCACCCUCCUCUCCACGCAACAAUCUCCCAGCUAUGCGGAGAAUUUGAAAUCCCGCCCCGGGAGCUGCAGUAGCAUCUCCUUCUACUGGGGUCUUUCGAAACAAGUCCCCGAAUUGCAAGCACACAACAUCUUCCUCGCCGAAUGUUACAAGGAGAGUUUUGAUAGCAUUUUCAAACGACACUUGAUCCCGGACGAACCUUCCUUUUAUGUCAACGUUCCCAGCAGAGUCGAUGGAAGCGCGGCGCCGCAGGGGAAAGAUUCCGUGGUGGUGUUGGUUCCCGUGGGAAAUCUGACGGAAACCGAGGGUGGUGGCAAGGGUGGUGCUGGGGUGGAUCCUACGAAUGUGCAGGAUUGGCCGAAGAUGAUAUCUCUGGCGAGGAAGACGAUUCUGGCAACCGUCGAGGCGAGGACGGGAGUGGAUCUCGGCCCGUUGAUUGUGCAUGAGCAGAGCAAUGAUCCGCACACAUGGAAGGAGCGGUUCAAUCUCGACAAAGGAGCGAUUCUGGGCUUGUCGCAUUCCUUCUUCAACGUCUUGUGCUUUCGCCCCUCGACUCGCGCGAGACGUCCCGCGCUUCUGGAUCCCGUGUGCAAGGAAUUGGGCGUUGUGGGCAGGGUGGGAGAGAGUGUUGUUGAUGCUGUGAGGAGUUUGGGGCCCUGGGGGAGGGAUGUCCAGGGCUUGUAUAUGGUUGGUGCGAGUGCGCAUCCGGGGACGGGAGUGCCGAUUGUGCUUGCGGGCGCGAGAUUGGUUGUCGAGCAGAUCUGUGGGGAUUUGAGGGUUGGUGUGCCGUGGAGGGAGGGCCAGGAGGUGGUGGAGAAGAAGAAGGGUAUGUUGGAUGUGGUUGAUGCGCAAAAAGGUUGGCUGGGGUGGAUCAUGGGGUGGGUGGUGAUGGCGCUUGUGCCGUGGAUGCUGGGGUGGGUGGUGUUGUUGUUGGUGGGGAGGUUGUUGUGA